CUCAUCUAUUUCGUGGUGGACCGGUCCCAGAAGCUGGAGCAGUCGAAGAAGGAGCUGACGCUCUGGGAAAAGAAUGAGGUGAGCGUGGUGGUCUCGCUGGUCACCAUGCUGGCGCCCUCUGCCUUUGACCUUAUCGCGGCCUUGGAGAUGUACCACCCGCGAACCAUGCUGCGCUUCCAGCUGGCGAGGGUCCUCGUGCUGUAUCUGGGCAACCUGUACAGUCUGAUCAUUGCACUCCUGGACAAAGUGAACAGCAUGAGCUCCGAGGAAGCUGCUACCAAAAAUAACACAAGUCACUGGACAGAGUCUACCAUCUUUGCCACCAGGACGGCCCCUGAAGGAGAGAGAUGGUCCACGCCUGGGCCUGGGGCGGGGCUCAGGAGAAACAGCACGUGGGCCCCGGACCUGGCCAGCGUCCCGGCUUACACCAUGUCCCUCUCAGACGCCAACCAUUCCACCAUCAACACCCAGAGUCCGCAGGACCAGUGCUGGGAAACUUACGUCGGACAGGAGAUGCUGAAGCUGUCCAUCAUCGACCUGCUCUUCACCGUGGCCAGCAUCCUGCUCAUCGACUUCUUCCGUGGGCUCUUCGUUCGCUACUUAAGUGACUACUGGUGCUGGGACCUGGAGAGCAAGUUUCCUGAAUAUGGGGAAUUCAAGAUCGCAGAGAACGUGCUACAUUUAGUCUACAACCAAGGAAUGAUUUGGAUGGGGUCCUUCUUCUCGCCAUGUCUCCCCGCAUUCAACGUCCUCAAACUGGUGGGUCUGAUGUACCUGAGGAGCUGGGCUGUGCUGACAUGCAACGUGCCCCACCAGCAAGUGUUUCGAGCCUCCAGGUCCAACAACUUCUACCUGGCGACGCUUCUGUUUAUGCUCUUCCUGUGCAUGCUGCCCACCGUUUUUGCCAUCGUCCGGUACAGGCCGUCUCCCAGCUGUGGGCCGUUCCGUGGCCAGGAGAAAAUUUACGACAUCGUGUCGGAAACGAUCAAGGAAGGCUUCCCCGCGUGGUUGGGCUCCGUGGUCGGGUACAUCAGCAGCCCCGUGGUGAUCCUGCCAGCCGUGCUGCUGCUCGUCAUGCUCAUCUACUACCUUCAGAGCAUCGCCAGGUCCCUGAAGCUCAGCAACCAGCAGCUCAAAGUGCACAUCCAAAACGCAAGAUCUGAAGAUAAGAAAAAGGUUGCCCAAAUGGUAGAAGCCCGGAUCCAAACCCGAGAGCCGAGCGCCAGGAGGCUGCCCAAGGACCAUGUUCUCAGCGGCCACCUGUCCUCAGCGCCCUCGGCGAUAGCCCCAAACAACGGCCAUGUGCUCAGCUUCGACACGUCAAGCAGCAAGAGCAGCCGGGUAGAGACGGUCACCCACCCCGUGCCCCCGAGUGCCCAGCCCGGGCCCGGCAGCCCCAGCCCGCCCCUCCCUGGCAUCUCCCAAUCCGGGCCAGAGGGUGACACUAACAGGAACAACAGGCUCAUUGUGCUUGGCCCCGCCCACUUGGCUCUCCAACCGCUGCCCGCCUGCCAGUGCCGGCCCCAGGGCCCCGCCCACAGUCUGCAGGGCGGAGGCGACCCGCCCGGGGUCACGUGUCCGGGGCACCUGAGGGCCGGGACCAAUCCGGGGCAGGGGCGGGGCUCCGCGCUCUGCCCCAGCUGCCGUGCCUCCCCGCGCUCCUGUUGCCACUCGGGGCCUCCCGCAGCCUCCGGCGCAAUGGACCCGGCUCUGGCGGCGCAGAGGGGCGAAGCGGUGGCCCAGAAGAUGCUCCAGUACCGGCGCGACGAGUCGGGCUGGAAGAUUUGCCGGGAAGGCAACGGCGUGUCUGUUUCCUGGAGGCCGUCUGUGGAGUUUCCAGGGAACCUGUACCGAGGGGAAGGCAUCGUGAAUGGGGCCCCUGAGCACGUGUGGGACUUCGUCAAGCCGCUUCCGGGGAGCCUUCGAGAGAAGUGGGACGAGAAUGUGGCCACUUUUGAGGUGCUCCAGAGCUUCACUGAUGCGCUGUGCGUCACCAGAACAGCCACCCCGUCGGCCGCCAUGAAGCUCAUCUCCCCCAGAGACUUCGUGGACUUGGCGCUGGUCAGGAAGUACGAGGACGGGACCCUCAGCUCCAACGCUGCCCACGUGGACCACGCGCUGUGCCCCCCGAGGCCAGGGUACGUCCGAGGGUUUAACCACCCUUGUGGCUGCUUCUGUGAACCUGUGCCAGGGGAGCCCAACCAGACCAAGGUGGUCACCUUCUUCCAGACGGACCUGAGCGGCUACCUGCCGCAGGGCGUGGUGGACACCUUCUUCCCCCGCAGCAUGGCCGGGUUCUACACCAACCUACGGAAGGCGGUGAGGUGAGGUGGUGACAGGCGCCGUCGUGCUGUGCCGAGCGCCCUGGACACAGCUGCCUCGUGCGGAGGUGGGGCUGCCCCCGACCUCUUCCCGGGGGCUGUUCUCCUGGUGACUGUGGCCGGCCGGCGUUCCUCCCCGGCACCCCCACCGCCCUGCUGCCGCCAAGCCGCAGGGGCCCUGACUUGUCAGCCCCAGUUCCGCCAUCGCGUGAUGCGGAUGGACCUCGCUGAUCCUCAUGUCAUCCCUUCUCACUCGCC